UAUCCACUACUGUCAGAAGGAACAUUGUGUGACUCUCAGACCUUUGGUUACAAGUGUUCUUCUGUUCAUUCUGUUAACGCUUCUGCGCGGGUUAGAUUAUUAUUUUUAAAAUUAAGUGAAAAAGACUUUUAAAUCAUCAUUUUUGGUGCAAGUUUCAUUACAUUCUUAACAAUCAGUAAGUAUCUGUAUGUAAUAUUUUAAAGGAAAUACCAUUGUUGAUCCUGUUAAAUUCAAAAGUACAUCGAAAUGUUUAUAUGUGCAUUAGACAAUAAAAUUAGACAAUUAGACAAUAAAAUUAUAUACUUAAUACUAUAACAAGAUAAGCAAAGUAACUAUACGUAAUGACAAUUUGACACUGAAAUUUAUCUAUUUAUAACUAAGAAAUUUCAGUUAUCGCGCUAUGAAAGAGAUGAAUGAGUCAACUAUCGCAUCAAUUUCGUCUUCGUCUCCUGUUUCACCAUGCUCACCUACUGAAGUAGCUAUAGGUCCAGAAGAUUGUGUUCAAGGUGUCGAAAAAUGGUUGGAAGACGAAGCAUUGGCCGGGUUCCGCGUUUGGCAACUCGCAGGCAUAAUUCUUUCUAUCUUGCUUAGCGUACUCAUCGGACUUUGUUGUUGCAUUCGAUUCAGAGUGCCACGGACCAAGCAAGAAAUAGAGGCUGAUUAUAUUCGAAAAAAAAUAACAAAGAGCUUUAGAAACGAGUUAUCUAAAAUUAAUAAUGUAGAAAUGGACAACAUGGAUUUGAAAAAAGCAUUAGUUAAAAUUCAAAAUAAAUUUGACAUGGAAAUGUAUGAGAUACAGAAUGAACUUCAAGAAACGACACAGAAAAGUAUACAGCAUGGGUUACGUUCAAGAUUUAAUGCAAUGAUCAGUGGAAUUCGUUUCACUAAACAAGAAUGUAUUAAACCUGACAAUAUAAUUUGAUAAAUUUGCAGGUCGCUAUAUUGUUACAGAGAUAAUAGAAAAAAUUAUAUUUACUUACUAAU